UUUAAAUACAAUUCAAAAUGUUUACCAAUAAAGUGAACACAAUUGCCGUAUUACUAGUCGUAUUGGCACUACUGGCCCAUACGGUGCCCAUCAGUGGACAGACAGGUAUUGCAAGGGCUAAGCGAGGGUUUGGAUGUAAGGGUCCCUUUGGUAGCGAUAGAUACGAGUGCGACCGACAUUGCAAGGAUAACAAGUUCCGAGGUGGUUAUUGUGACAUGGGUGUCCAGGGCAAUGUUUCAUACGUACGAUCUGAGACGUCCAAAAUUUUUUAA